CGAGACGAUUGUUUUGUCAAACAAGUCCGACGAUUGAAUUUUAAUAAAAUAAUAUUAUACGUGUUGAAAUAUAAAUAAUAUGUUAAUAAUUCUACUUAUAUAUGUUUAACACCAUCCUUUUGUAAGUUUAAUAUUCCAGAUAUGUUUCAAAGCAAAUUAGAUAACAUUUUGGCAUUUUUGAUCAUUAUCAUACACUCGCGCGUCUUGAUUCACUUUUCUGAGUUUCGUUAAUCGUAACCUAUUUGUCUGUUCAUUCUUUAGAAUCUAUGCACGGCUAAAGACCUCAGUAGUCAGGGCCGCUGAAACAAAAAUCCAAGUAUCUGCACAGAUGACUCAGAUUAUAUUUAAAAAGUUAUCUGUGUGCUCAGCAGACACAUCUCGAAUCUCUGUAAUCUGUGCGAUAAUAAUUUCUUCGUUGACUUGACAUAGUAGUUGGUUUUCUCUUGAUUUUUAAGCAGUAAAUCUAAGCUACCAUAUGAAUUAGAGUAAUAAUUUGACGUAGCUAAUUAAAAUAGGAAUAAAACAGUGCGUACAUGUGUUAUAACACACAAUUUGUUAUUAGUAUUUUUCAUCAUAAAUGGGAGCUCGUCUAACAGCCUUCCAUCCCCUCCUGAGAGUGCAUCUGUGACGGCGGACACGUUUGAUUGUCAGACCAUCGUUACUUUCUCUCGCGUACGUUUCGAGUCUAUUACUCAAUUUGCCGUUGUGUAAAACAUCAUCCGCAGGUCGUCGUCAAUGUUCCUAACGGUAGUGUGUGACUUGCGAAUGCUCAUAACGGUCGUGUUGUAAGAGCGGAGUCAUUGUAUGCAAGACAAGGUGUGUAGUGUUAUGUGCUCGGAUCGUGUGUUGUGAUGGUGGAGCGCGAGAGUAUGCGGCGCGGCAGCGGCGGCGGCUGCGGCUGGGGCGGCGGCGUGCUCGGCCGCUGGUCCCUGCGUAGGCUACUCCUGGAUAGUCCCUUGGUGGGCCGGAGACUAGCGCACACAGUUCUGGAGCAAACCGAGUCACGACAGACGAAACAGCAGGCCACCCCGGUCGAACAGCAGACCAAACAGACACAAACGACAGUGGAAUUUAUCGCCGAGGACGAAGAUGGAGACAUAUUAGAAUGUCCGCUAUGUUUAUCGGGCGUGGGCGGCGCGGGCGGCGCCAACGUGGUGCGGCUGGCGUGGUGCGCGCACCGCUGCUGCGAGCCCUGCCUGCGCCAGUACCUCGCCAUCGAGAUCUUCGAGGCGCGCGUGCCCGUCAACUGCCCCGUCUGCCACGAGAACAUGCACCCGCUAGAUGUGCGGAGGAUCCUGGACAACCCAGUUCUAUACGAGAAAUACGAGGAGUUCUCGGUGCGGCGCGCGCUGGCCGCGGACCCGGACACUCGGUGGUGUCCCGCGCCGGACUGCAGCUUCGCCGUCGUGGCCAGCGGCUGCGCGUCCUGCCCCAAGCUGACCUGCCUGGCGCCCGGCUGCGGCGCCUCCUUCUGCUACCACUGCAAGGCGGCCUGGCACCCCACGCAGACCUGCGACGCGGCCCGCCGCACAAGGCAACCGCCGCCCCGCGCGCCCUCCGCCAACCACGCGGACCUGGACCACGGUGAGGUGAAGCCGUGCCCUCGGUGCUCGGUGCUGAUCGUGAAGGUGGAGGACGGCUCCUGCAACCACAUGGUGUGCUGCGUGUGCGGCGCCGAGUUCUGCUGGCUCUGCAUGAAGGAGGUCUCCGACCUGCACUACCUCAGUCCGUCGGGGUGCACGUUCUGGGGCAAGAAGCCGUGGUCGCGCAAGAAGAAGCUGCUGUGGCAGCUGGGCACGCUGGCGGGCGCGCCACUCGGCAUCGCGGUAGUGGCGGGCGUGGCGCUGCCGGCCCUGCUCGUGGGGCUCCCGCUGUGGGCCGGGCGCCGCGCCCAUCGCCGCCUGCGCCGGGCCCCGCCCGCGCAGCGCCGCGCCGCCGUCGCCGCCGCCGUCGCCGCUGCGCUGGUGGUGUCCCCGCUGGUGGCGGGGCUGGCGGUGGGUAUCGGCGUGCCCAUCCUGCUGUUCUACGUGUACGGGGUGGUGCCGGUGUCGCUGUGUCGCGCGGGGGGCUGCGGGCCGCCGCCGCACCCGCGCCCGCACCGCUUCGACGAGCGCGACGAGCCCGACGCGGCCUCGCGCCGCCUCGAGCCCAGCAUCGGUGACGCUUCCCUAUCGGCGGGCUCGCAUCAAGCGAGCGAGGCGGCGCGAGCGUCAUCGCUGGCCGCGCUCGCCGGGUCCCUGGGCGGCGGCCAGACCGGCUCCAUAGGCGGCGGGCAGGGCGGCUCUCUGGGCGGCGGGCAGGAGGCGCCGCUGCGACUGGAAGUGAGUGCAGAAGUCUGCGACACCGCCAGCGCCGCCAGCUGGCCCGACGACGCGCCCUCCACCUCUGCGCGCGCCAAGCUGCGAGCGCUCUUCUUAUACGGCGCCGCCCCUCCCCCGACCCCGCCUCCGGACCCCGAGGCCGGCGUCGCGCCGCCGCCGGACCAUCCCGCGCCGAGCCCGAGCCCCGCCCCCGCCCCCGCCCCCGCGACCCUCGAGAUAAGAGACGAUUCGUAACACCCCGCCCCCCGCAGCGGAGCCCGCCCCUCGUCACGUCCAUCGAACUCCCCCCGGAGCGUUGCGCGGACGCCGAAGCCGCGCCGCGGUCGCGACCGCUCCGAUGGAUGCUUCGCGAUCGCAGUGCAGUGUUACUCUAUCCGUAAUUUGUGAUACUUUGAAUAAUAAUUACUAUUAAUGAUGAUCUAAAUUAUUUAAUUUUUCACGUUUUGUAGGCGAAAAGUGACGUAACGUUAAGCGAUAAUUAUUGCGUUAUGUGAAUUAUUAUAUAAUGUGUAAACUUAUGAUUAAAAUGUGAUUAAACCUA